CAGUGGAAUGUCAGUAAAAAGUGUUCAGCUUCAAAAACGUGCGAGACGGAACCAGUCCAACCAGGAGUUGGAGGAACACUUCACCAUCACGCAGUUUCGUACUGAAGGGGAGCAGAUGCAAGAGUUCCUAAAGAGGAAAAUGGGCGAUGGGUACUUAGAGGCCAAGUACAAGUGCCAGCUGUGCCACAAGACCUUCAAGGAGCAGAAAUGGAUGGACGCUCACCAGCAGAAACAUGAGCCAUCCGCUGGUCCCUACGUAUGCACAAUUUGCCACAUCCGGUGUCGAACCCCGAAGCUGUACCGCACGCACCGCGACUCUAACCACACCACCCGAUACUCAUGCAAGCGAUGCCAAUUCUUCACUUAUAGCAAGGCGCAGGCGCUGAAACACCACGGGUGGCACGAGGGCGUGGAGCACACCUGCCAGCACUGUGGCGCCACCUUCCGCAAGCACACGACGUAUAUGGGCCACCUCAGGCGCGCGCAUCCAUCUGCCCAUAUAUGCGGCGUCUGCGCACGCAGCUUCGUCAGCGCGUACGGACUUAACUUACACAUCAAGGCCGUCCAUAAGGACACAAAUAAGCUAGAAAACGACAGCACGCGUUGUGAGGAGUGCGAUGUGACGUUCGUGUCGCGACAGAUGUAUGUCAGACAUUUACUCAUCACUGACAGACACAAGGAAAUGUCUAAAGAUAUUAUGGGUUGCCGAAAGUGCGGUGAGCAGUUCGAAAGUGCAGAGGAGAUGGAAAGGCACACGCACUAUAAGGAAAGGAAUUAUGUCCGAAAAGACGCGCCGAGACGGACCAUCAAGUGUGACGAGUGUUCAGAAGCGUUUUCGCAUCCAAACGGCGUGUACCAGCAUUAUCUUCGUGAACACCCCGACACGCCGUACCGGUUCGCGGUGAAACGGCACUAUCUGUGCGAGCAGUGCGGCAAGACUUUCAAGUCGCCGGGCCUGCUCCAGCAACACGGCCUCGUCCACCUCGGGCUGCGCCCCCCGGCCGCCAAGAAGCCCCCGGGCCGCAACUCGUGCCGCCUGUGCGGGAAGACGUACAGCAAGCUGAGCGGACUGUUCAGGCACAAACUGACACACCUAGGCGUCCGCCGGCACAAAUGCCAUAUCUGCGAGAAGGCGUUCACGGACACGUCUAACCUGAAGCAGCACGUGCAGGGCGUGCAUCUCAACAUACGAAGGAUUAGGAAGCGAUAACGCAGUGCUUGCAGGCGUAUGUGUAUUUGUACCAACUUGAAGCGAAAAUACAGUUUUUGCAGACGUAUGUGUUUUAUUGCACCU